AUGGAGUACCUUGGCAGCUAUAAGUUUGACCAGAUCUCUCAAUUGAACCCUUUCCAGCCAGAGAUGGUCGCCUCAUUCUUCGUGUCCAAUCCCAAGGAGAUGGCCCUUUAUCACUAUUAUCGCUUCAAGGUCGACCAAGAGUCUGGCCUCUCCAGCGGCAAUGACAAGGACUACGGUAUCGACGACAACGGCAGCGACACCAUGGGCACACCCAACGACGAGGAGGAUACACCUGGAACUCAUGCCUUGGUCUCGAUCGAGAGCGUCGAGGUCACCCAACCCUAUACUGCAGGCACCCGGGGGAUCGUCAACACUGACUUUGCCUUCAGUCAGACUCUGACAUACCUCUGUGCCAGGGGUCUGUUCGACACGGACCCUAUUCUCCCUGGGACAUGGAUAGGUUACCUUUGGACUCUGACAUUCUGA